AUGCAAUCACUCACCACAAUGUUUUCAUCCAUCCGAACUCAAUUCGCCAUCAAUAAUUAUAGAGUCAAUAUAUCAACUUCUAAUACUUCUUUGGUUGAAUUAGAACCUUUUGAAAGAACCCUAAUUCAUUCUCUCAUCGCUCUAAGCCUUGCUUUGGUUGCUUAUGUCGCCUGGGAUCCACGUGUCGAAGGAGAUUUGUUGGCUGUAAAAUUAAUCGAAUAUAAUUAUAAUCCUUCGAGGGUGGAAGAAAAUUUCAGUAGCAAAAGCAGGGAGGUCGAAACCGCAGAGUCUGACACUAAAAAGGAUGCAGAGGGUGAAUUAGAAACGUAUUGUUUAUUGUUUCCUACUUAUGCCACUAAGACCGUUGAAGGCAAAUCGACUGAUCAAUGGAAUAUUCGUAUUCGCGGUUGGGCAUUUUCAGCUCCCAAAAAAAGUAAAUCGCGCAAUUUAUUCUUGGGGUUAACAUCAUUGGCAACAGGAAUUAAGAAAGAUGAUGAGAGAUAUCAGUUCCUAGAAGCGCGUACAUCAUAUUUCUGGGCAAGUAACAUUAGUCAAGGGGAAUUUUCAUUGCAAGUUGAUGGGUUGACUGAUUCCAACAAGAUGUCCAUCGAAGGAGAUCCUAAUGAUGACGGAGCAUUCUCGACUACAACGGCCCCCAGCGGUGAAGGCGCUACGACCACGACAACUAGUGUAAAUGUACCUGAUGUUAAAAAAGUAUUGGGUCAUGCUGAGAAAAUAAUUACCCCAGCAGUUGCUCACCCAGAAAGUGAGAAUACUCGCAUGCAAGUUGUUCCAAAAUUGGGACACGUAAUUGGUAAUAUGUCAAUUCCAAAAGAAACUGUUCUCAAAUGGAUUGAGGAAGAAAAUAGUGAAAAUAUUGUUAGUGGAUUUAUUCAUAAUUUCAUUGGAAGUAAAGAUAAAAAUAGAGUUAGAUUAUUGAAAGUUAAAGCUUAUCAAAAUAAUGAUACUGAACCUAGUUAUGGCGUUGUAAAUCUCGUUGAACCUGAAGGUGUUUCCAUCAUUUCCGAUAUUGAUGAUACAAUUAAAGAUACAAAUAUUCUUCAAGGUGCAAAAAGUGUCCUUACCAACACAUUUUUACAACCUUUCAAAGAUGUUCAAGGAAUGUCUGAACUCUACCGUAAAUUUUAUGAAAAAGGGGCGUCUAUCCAUUACGUAUCCAAUUCACCAUGGCAAUUAUUCCCAUCUUUAAAGUCCUUUUUCCAUACUUAUAAUUUUCCUCCUGGGUCAUCACAUUUUAAAUUUUAUGAUGGAUUAAUUAAAAGUGCUUAUGAACAAAAGGAAAAUCCUAUGGCUAGUAAAUUCAUGUAUAUUAGAGAAUUACUUCAGGAUUUCCCUAAUCGUAAAUUUAUUCUUGUUGGGGAUACUGGUGAACUUGAUCCAGAAAUAUACACAACUAUCGCAAGAGAAAAUCCUGGAAGAAUUCUUCGUAUAUAUGUUCGAGAUGUCACAACGGAACAUGUAAAGGAUUUGCCAGCACAAAAACCAAGACAUUCAUAUUCACAAACCUUUCCAACCAUAUAUAAUUAUCUUCGUAGUUAUUAUUCUAGUCUUGACGAAGAAACUGGUACUGAAACAAAAGAAGAGGAGCAAGCCGAAAAAGAUGUGGUAGAAGAUGUCAUUACACAUCAUGCAGUAGCAGCUACUGCAGGAGAAACAAUUCACCAUAAGCCUGAACGAAAAUCAAGUUUAACCGAUCGAUUACUAGAUAAACUUCAUGUCGACAUUUCAUAUUUACACGGUACUUCGACAAUUACUGAGUCACCUGAUCCCAUGAAUAAUGAUGAUACUUCAAAUAAACCAAAAACUCCUUUAAGCGCCAGAAUAUUAUCACCUGAACGAGCCGCUUCUCUUUCUUCUAAAUUUUCAAAACUCCGUUCAACAGGAAAGAAAAAUGAAGAAGAGGAUGUUAAUAUAUUUGGAGAUGAAGAAGAUGAUGGAGUAUUGAAAACUCCUUUGGAAAUGUUUCACGAACGAUGUGCCUUAUUGAAACAAGGGUUACCUGAGAAUUUGUUCCAUACCUUUACUAGCGCUAAAGAAUUAGAAGAUGACCCUGUUAUUCGAGAGGCAAUUAAAUUUUAA